AUGUCUACAGUCCUCGCUAAAGACAUCGACCUGCACGCCCCCGUUGGCGAUGUCCUCCUCAGAGGAACCCCUUCAGAGGGCUCUUCUUCGAACGGAUCCUCUGAUGAUCUGAGCGACGUGACUAAAACCCCCAAAGUCAAGACAACCGCGACAGGCUACGAGACGGCGUCACCGCUUGGAGCCCCCUCCGCAGAAAAGAGAUUCUGGUGGCAGCGUAACAAGACCUACGACCCGAAUGCUAUUGCCACUCAACCAUCAGUAUUCGAUGACCCGGACACCGCGAAACAGUAUCAACCUCCAGCAGACUGGGAGAAUAUCGGCCGGUUCGAUCCGUUGGCACGAUGGACCUGGGGAGAGGAGCACAAGUUGAUCAGGAAGAUCGACUUCAAGAUUAUGAUCUGGGCUUGCGUUAUGUUUAUGGCUCUUGAACUUGAUCGUGCAAAUAUCAACCAAGCGGUCACAGACAACUUUCUCAAAGACCUACACAUGAAUACAAAUGAUUACAAUCUUGGAAACACUGUAUUCAAGUUAUCAUUCUUAUGCGCAGAACUUCCAUCCCAGCUUGUAUCAAAAUGGAUGGGUCCAGAUCGGUGGAUCCCCACUCAAAUGAUGUUAUGGUCAAUCGUCGCUACUUGCCAAUUCUGGCUGAGUGGCCGCCGAAGUUUCUUGGUCUGCAGAGCCUUGCUAGGUAUAAUUCAGGGCGGCUUUAUUCCAGAUAUCAUCCUAUAUCUAUCUUAUUUUUACAAACAUCAUGAACUUUCACUGCGGCUGGGGUUUUUCUGGACAGCCAUGUCGAUAGCCGAUGUCGUCGCAGCAUUUUUAGCUUUCGGCAUACUUCAUCUUAGGGGUGUGCAUGGUCAUGCGGGGUGGCGAUGGCUUUUUUUGAUCGAGGGGCUCUUCACACUCGUGGUCGGUGCUACUGCUUUCGUUCUUAUGCCGCCCAGUCCUACACAAACAGCGAGCAGAUUGCGAGGCAAGAAAGGCUGGUUCACCGCAAGAGAAGAAACUAUCAUAAUCAAUAGGGUGAUCCGAGAAGACCCUACAAAAUCUGGAAUGCACAACAGACAACCCAUUACUCCAAAGCUCCUCUGGAAAAGCAUGUGCGAUUUUGACCUAUGGCCGCUUUACAUCAUCGGUCUCACUUUUCAGAUUCCCGAGACUACUCCAAAUCAGUAUCUCACUCUCACACUCAAGGGUCUUGGAUUCGGUACCUUCAAGACGAACCUGCUUGUGAUUCCGUCUACAGUGUUCCAUAUGAUUACUAUGAUGGCUUUAACCUAUGCGGCUGAGAUAUGGGGCGAACUGACCCUCACAUCCAUGCUAGGGCAAGUCUGGGCGCUCCCAUUCCUGACAUUCAUCUACGCCAAAGACAUCACCAGAAUCAACAAAUGGACCGCUUUCAGCAUCAUGAGUUUGCUUCUGAGUUACCCAUCUGCCCAUCCAAUCCAAGUAGCCUGGAACUCGCGCAACUCCAACGCAGUGCGCUCGCGCACGGUCUCGGCCGCACUGUAUAACAUGUUCGUGCAAGCCUCUGGCAUCAUCGCAUCCAACAUCUACCGCGCAGAUGACAAGCCCCGCUACAAGCGCGGGAACCGUGCUCUGCUGUCCCUAUGCAUCAUGAAUAUCGGUCUCUACAUCUUGACCAAGAUCUACUAUGUCUGGAGGAAUAAGACGAGAGCGGCCAAAUGGGAUGUGAUGACCGAGGAAGAGAGGGUGCACUACCUGGCCACGACUAUGGAUGAGGGCAAUAAGAGGUUGGAUUUCAGGUUCGCGCAUUAG